GAUGGUUCCACCAGCUACUUGCAGUUCAAACUUGGUGUGAUUAACAUCUAAUUCGGCAACUAUGGCUUUAGUCUGUGUUGAAGAUUACGAAAAAGAAGCGUUUCGUAACAUUCCAAAGAACACCUUGGAAUUUUACCGAAGUGGUGCGGGAAGUGAGUUUUCACUGGCACUGAACGUUGACGCAUUUAAAAGAUGGCGAAUCCUUCCGAGAUUCCUUCGUGAUGUCGGCGGAGUCAACACGGCUUGUAGUAUUCUCGGUUGCAAACUAAGUACUCCUAUCGGGGUCGCACCGACAGCUAUGCAAAGAGUGAUUCAUGAUGAUGGAGAAAUAGGGAACGCACGGGCCGCUGGUAAAGUUGGUGGUAUUUUUAUAUUGAGUACCGUAUCGACGACUUCAUUGGAGGAAGUAGCUAAGGCGGCACCAAAUACGUCAAAAUGGUUCCAGCUAUAUAUUUAUAAAGAUCGGUCAUUGACAGAAUCUUUGGUGAGACGUGCCGAAAACGCUGGAUAUAAGGCCAUUGUUAUGACAAUUGAUUGUGCUCACUUUGGUGCUAGACGAGCUGAUGCCAGAUAUAAGUUCAAAUUACCUUCUCAUUUGGGCUUAUUGAAUUUCCAAGGAGAUCGCGCCAGCAAUGCUAAAAGUAUGCAAGGAUUUUCUGGUAUUCAGGAAUAUGCGAACGCGCAAUAUGAUCAAUCAAUUACGUGGGCGGAUGUUGACUGGCUAGUAAAGUUUACUAAGUUACCCGUGAUUGCAAAAGGAGUGCUGACCAGAGAAGACGCAUUUUUAGCUCGAGACUAUGGCUGUAAGGGUAUAAUCGUAUCAAAUCAUGGUGCACGACAACUGGAUAGCGUUCCAGCCACAAUUGAAGUCCUUCCUACGAUUGUUGAUGUUGUUGGAAAUGAUAUGACAAUUAUGUUUGACGGUGGUGUAAGACAAGGUACGGAUGUCUUUAAAGCGUUGGCUUUGGGAGCUAAGGCGGUGUUCAUGGGACGACCAUUACUUUGGGGUUUAGCUGUUAAUGGCCAGAAAGGUGCUGAGCAUGUACUGGAAUUAGUUCAACGUGAUUUGGAGCUGACUAUGAAACUUUCGGGGUGUGUGAAUGUGAGUGAUAUAACUAAAGAUUACAUCGCACAUGAGUCUCAAUUUUCAAAACUUUAAAUUGAAAUGUUGUUACUAAACUAUUCAACUUGAUCAGAACGGAUUAAAAUUUGAAAAUAUAAUACUGCGCACUAA